AAAAAGUCGAUUAAUAAAUUAGUUUUGUCUAACUCGCGCUGUCUUUAUUACUAAAUAAUAUGUUAUUAGUUUGAAUGUAAAUUUGUGAGAAGCACUCAAAAUUGAUGAACGAUGAAAAUCAAUGAAAAGAAUUUGUGUGUUUUCGCCACUACUCCUCCAUUUGAUUGUGAAGGUUUUUUGAAUAAAAGGGGUGAGGUCAACAAGGCAUUCCAGCGACGAUAUUUCGUACUUAAGGGAAACUUGUUAUUUUACUUUGAAAAGAAAGGAGAUAAAGAGCCGUUAGGUCUCAUAAUUGUGGAGGGCUGUACAAUAGAAUUAUCUGAAGAAAGUGAUCAGUAUUGCUUUGAAAUAGCUUUCAAUGGUAAUCGUACUUAUGUGCUAAGUGCAGAUUCACAGGAAUGUAUGGAGGCAUGGAUGAAAGCGCUAACAUGUGCCGGUUAUGAGUACAAGAAGCUGGUUGUUGCUGAACUUCAAAGGCAAUUAGAAGAAAUUGAGUGUUCGCGUAAUAAAGCAACUAACGUGACAAACAUAUCAGUUCCGAGGCCACCACCUCGAAGACAAAAUCCUUUCAACCGACCCGCUCCAGCCCUGCCCGGUAUGAACAAUAAUAACAAUGCUACAACGGAGCCGUUUAUAAACGGCCAUUUCGGUUCGACAAUGCAACGAAGUUUAGGUCAUACACAUCAACCAUCAGGUCCAGCCCUUCAGCACAGUCCAAUACCGCCGCUAAGGUCUAAUAAAAAUGACUCAAACAGACAGCAACCAUAUCAGCAGCAUUGCAGCAAUUCAGAUACCCCAGCAGUACUUAAAACUCAUUCACCUACUUUGAAUGUUUUGCGCAAUAAAAAUAAUCGUACUUUUGAACAAUUACAUGAAAAGUUCCGAGAAGUAGUGAUGAAAGAUGUACUUGAGUACAGGUCACAACAACUGCUCACGUCCCAGCCACUCAUAGAAUUGUGAUGUUUUUAUUUAUAAAUGAUUAAGUAUACUUAAGUAUAUGCAUGAAUAUACAUACAUAUGUUUGCGAAUACCUAUAACUAACUUCUUAAACGCAUUUUGCUUCGCAACAAAACAUUGUUAAUUAUUCCUAACGCAACCUUUAACUUUAGCAAUAGGAGUAUACAUUUUAGCUAAUACUGUAACCUAAUAUUCAGUAUCUUUUAUCAUUCAUGUUUUUUGUAGUUUUAUUUUCAAGCUAUUUAUGUUCCGAAAAAAUAACAGAAGCUCCGAAAGUUACAAGUUUGCAGAAUUGACAAUAAACGAAUUAAAACGAUA